AUGGAGGACGAUAAUCUACAACAAUAUCUGGCGUCGGCGACGCUGAUGAUUGUUGUCAUCGGGUGUUUGGGAAACUUUCUGUCGCUUAUUCUGUUUUUGAGACAUUCGAGUUCAGUCAAUACGUUGUUGGCAGCGCUGUCACUGGUCGAUUUGUGUCUGCUGUUGCUGGCGGUGCCGGUUUUUGUUAUGCCCAGCUUGGAUAUAUGGUAAGGAGGUUGUUUAUAGUAUUGACUAUGCUAUGGUUACGUUACCUUUGAUAGAAAAUAUUAUUUGUAACAGGAAUUUAUUUUUUAGGUAACAGUUUUGACUAAUUGUUACCUAAAACAAUAUCGCAGUAAAUUUUCUCAAGUCAAGACAAUGCCAUUUUUAGUUCUAAAAUAAACAUUUGGUAGCUUAUUAUAUGUACAUGUUGAUAGGAUUAUCGGUUAAGAAAGUUCAAGUCUUAGAUUGUCUUGAGAUUAGUCUAGUGUAAUAUACCUAAGUAAGACGCAAUGUAAAAGUAAGCGUUUUGCAUCAUAAAAAUAAAUUUUGAUCUUUAAAAAUGAUACUGGAGAAAAAAUUAUGUACUUUAGACAAUAAAUUUAAAUCCAAUAAAGUAGUGACAUUCCGUCAAAUUUCCUAAUAAUUUUUAUGGCAUUUCAUCAAAAUCUAUAAAGUGUCUUUAAUGGCUUAAAAACAUAAAAAAAUAAGUUUAUAUGUUAAAAACUAAAAAAAUGAUAAAAUUGUAACCAACGUAUCAUAACAUAUUGUUUUAGGCCAGACCGGACAUCCCUCUUCAAUUUUUUAUCAUGUGUCCUCAAGUUUGUAUAUCCAGUGAACUUGAUGUUCCAAACCUGUUCUAUCUAUAUUAUGGUGCUAAUUACAAUUGAACGAUGGACAGCCGUAUGUAAACCGUUACAAGUACGAAUAUGGUGCACGGCGAGGACGUCAAGAUGGGCACUUUUAUGUAUUUUAAUCUUUGCCAUAUCAUACAACUUGAUUCGGUUCUGGGAGUACACAAUAAUGUAAGUUUUUUUGUUCUUAAGUUUUGUAAUUUGUUUGAAAUUGUCAAAUUUUGGCAUAUUGGUUGUUUUAGUUUUUUCCAAUAAUUUUUGUGGCAUUUUGUUAAAAUCUAUAUUAUGUGCCAUUCUGUCAAUUUUUUUUUAUUUUUUGUACUAGACGGAACUACACUCUAUUUUAAAAGCAAUUUAAGCGUGUCUCAAUGUUCAAGUAUGACAAUUCUAAGUGCAUAUUGAAGUAAACCUUCAAGUACAUUCACCUUACAAUGUCUUACUAAUUGCUAUCUAUUUCAGCGAAACUCCCGAGGGCCUAGACUACCAACGCAAUUUGCGCGACAUUCACGAACACCCCUACUACGUCAUCUUCUACUACACCGGCCUCUACCUCCUCACCCACUUUCUGAUCCCCUUCUCAGUCAUUAUCAUCAUGAAUGGGCACGUUUGCAAGCAAAUUAUUCAACUCCGCCGUGCUCGCCUGAUGCUCACCCGUCAACAACAACGUGAACAGAGCACCACCUUGAUGUUGUUGGUGGUCACGUUGGUGUUCGCGGUGUGUAACACCUUACCAUUCCUUCUGAAUCUGGCCGAAUGCAUGAAAAGGGACUUGUUUGAAGCCGAGUCCACGGCUUGGAUUGCAUAUCAACUGAAUGACCUCUCGAACCUGCUGGUCGUACUGAAUAGUUCGACCACCUGGAUUGUGUACAUUAUAUUUAGUGCCAAAUACCGUGAGACGGCGAUGAGGAUUCUUUGGAGAUGCAACACGGUGUAUGAAAAGGAUGUUAAGUACAAUAGUUUGAGUAGAACCCACUCAAUGAGGGCUAGUUCGGCCAUGAGGAAGGGUGGACCAGUUACGAGUUGUACUACCGAGAGCAUACGGUAAGUAUUACUGUAAUUCAAUGAAAAAACAUAUAGCGAUUCAAAAAUUUAAAUUUUAAGCCGGUUCUGGUUUUUAUUUUCAAUGAGCUGUCAUUUUCUUAUAAAGACAAAAAUUCAAUAUUUUUGUGACACUUCGUCAACAUUUUUGAUAGUUCUAUAAUAAUCAACCAAAAACACAAAAAAUACAUUAUAUGUUGUCAGAAUGAGCAAAAAACUACCUUAAAGUGAAAAUAGAAACCAAUAUUUUUGUGACACUUCGUCAAAAUUUCCAAUAAAUUUUGUGGCAUUUCGUCAAAUUUAUUAAAUUAGUAUAUAUGUGUCUUUUAAAUAAGAUUUUGAUGUAAAAAUAGGAUUUUCAUUUUCAUAUUGAAAAAAAAGUUUGUUACCUAAACUGAUCGUUUACAGGACCCUGCAAAGCCGCUCGAACCGUUCAAAUUCAGAAUGCGACGAUCGCAUCAGAAAGCACGUCAGCUCCAUCAUUUCCGACAAAAUAAAACGUGAUUCCAAGAACAACAAGUCAAAUGGCUAUCGGGUGUCGUCGCAUUCGAAGAAGGAGAAGACGUCAUCGAGGUUGUCACUGGAGGUUCAGCCAUCAACAGAGCUGCUGAGUCCUCCACCGAUGACAUUCCGGGCGCCCGUGCCAAAAUGGACGGAACAGACGGAUCGACCGGAAGUGUGA